CAGGCUAGAAGGACAGAAAGACUCUCCCCAACCCCCCUCCGAACUCUUCCUCCUCCUAAAGCUCUCACGCUUGGAAUAGCAGGUUCCAGCAAGUGCCUGGAAUCUGGUCUCCGAGAAGACAGGAGCGCUGCCACAGCAGGGCGUUCCCAGCUGCGGACUGCUGGCUGCUUGCAACCGGCAGACACCUGGCGCGGUGCUUCAGGGCUCUGGAGACUUCAGUGUUGGACCCACGGACUCUCGGGCCAUACCCAUACGCAAAGGCUGCGAGCAGGCAGAAGGGUUUCCUGUGUGUCAGCAACUUCACUUUGCCGGAUAGCUGGCGGAAGAGCAAAGGAGCCCUCACGGGCCAAUCGCUCCCCGGCAGCCGGACCCGUGCGCCCCCUCGCCCUUGCGGCUGCUGCGGAGGGGCAGAGGCUGAGCUCGCGCGGUCACGGUCAAGAGCUCGGUGGAAGACCCUUCUGGCUCCAGGUGGACGCCCUGAAAAGCGCUGGCUGACCACCGGUCUGGCUCCUCCGAGGCACGCCCCUAGCCGCCUGGGAGCGGACUCACCCGGGUGCCCAACUCCGCCCACCCUCGCGGGGAGCCAGCCUGCCCCCUGCACUCACCCGAGCGGGGCUCUGAGCUGCGCGGAGGCUGAACACAACACGAUCCAGAAGCGCACGGGUGUGCAGUGACGCGCGCGCUCCGAUGGCCCCCAGAGGCUGAGCGAGAGCAGCCGAGGGGCCGCAGAGGAAGCGGCGAGGGCCCCUGAAAUGAGCUGCUUGUUUGCAAGGUAGGGAGAAGGAAGAUUCCCAAACCAACUUGAUCUUUGGGGAAAGAGGGCUGGGGAGCGCCUUUCUCCGGCCAGAGGGCCGCGCUGCGAGUUUGGCUCCACCUCCAGCACACACUUUGAGCCCUCCGGUGCUUACUCGCUGCACCCCGGGAAAGCGCAGUCAGAAAGUUGUCGGUGCCCCACGCGCCCUACUGCGUGACCUCAGCACGGUGGCCGGACGGGGAAGUUGGUGGCCGGGCCGGCAGCCCAGCUUGGUUUCGGCGGCGGGGCAGAUUUCAUGGCCCGCAGGGCCGGAGCGGGUGUGGGCGAGCCCGUGUGUGCCCCCUCCGGUGGGGAUCCCGGGCGCCCGCUCCCUUCAGCUCGCACGCUUUUCCAAUGCUCUGUGCCCCUUGUGCCGCCGCCACCGUCUCACCGCUGCCUGCCCCUAGGAGCCGCCGCGUAAGUCUGGGAGGAGAGAAUGACCGAGGUGCCGUGGCCGGCUGUCCCCAACGGGACAGACGCUACCUUCCUGGCCGGCCCGGGCUUGCCCUGGGGCAAUAGCACGGCAGCCUCCACGGCCUCGGUUGCGUCCUUCACUUGCUCGCUGACCAAGACGGGCUUCCAGUUCUACUACCUGCCGGCGGUCUACAUCUUGGUGUUCGUUGUCGGCUUCCUGGGCAACAGCGUGGCCAUCUGGAUGUUCGUCUUCCACAUGAAGCCGUGGAGCGGCAUCUCCGUGUACAUGUUCAAUUUGGCCCUGGCCGACUUCUUGUACGUUCUCACUCUGCCCGCGCUCAUCUUCUACUACUUCAACAAGACGGACUGGAUCUUCGGGGAUGCCAUGUGUAAGCUGCAGAGGUUCAUCUUCCACGUGAACCUGUACGGCAGCAUCUUGUUCCUCACCUGCAUCAGCGCGCACCGGUACAGCGGCGUGGUGCACCCGCUCAAGUCUCUGGGCAGGCUCAAGAAGAAGAAGGCGGUCUACAUCAGCGUGCUGGUGUGGCUCAUCGUGGCGGCGGGGAUCUCCCCCAUCCUCUUCUACUCGGGUACCCAGGUCCGGAAGAACAAAACCACCACCUGCUACGACACCACCUCAGACGAUUACCUGCGAAGUUACUUUAUCUACAGCAUGUGCACGACCGUGGCCAUGUUCUGUGUCCCCUUGGUGCUAAUUCUGGGCUGUUACGGAUUAAUUGUGAGAGCUCUGAUCUACAAUGACCUGGACAACUCGCCUCUGAGGAAGAAGUCCAUUUACCUGGUGAUUAUUGUACUGACUGUUUUUGCUGUCUCCUACAUCCCUUUCCAUGUGAUGAAAACGAUGAAUUUGCGGGCCCGGCUGGAUUUUCAGACACCAGAAAUGUGUGCUUUCAAUGACAGGGUUUAUGCCACUUACCAGGUGACCAGAGGUCUAGCAAGUCUCAACAGUUGUGUGGACCCCAUUCUCUAUUUCUUGGCAGGAGAUACUUUCAGAAGGAGACUGUCCCGGGCCACCAGGAAAGCUUCCAGAAGAAGUGAGGCAAACUUGCAAUCCAAGAGUGAAGACCUGACCCUCAAUAUUCUAUCUGAGUUCAAACAGAACGGAGAUACAAGCUUGUGAAGAUGCAAGAGCCACCGAACACCCAACUUUUGUAACAUGGUCUUGGGAUGCCAGUACAUGUUCCACACACUGCUUCAGCUCCCAGAGAGCUUUCUUUUGCGGUGUGGACCCAGUGAGGUGGCCCGUGCCUACAAAUGUCCUUUCACUUCUUGUUUUUUUUCCGGUGUUUCCUCUUCAAACAUCACAUAGUGGACAAUGAUAACCUGUGAAUGCAUGCCAAAUAGUAACCUUCCAGGUGCAAAGAGGUCCCUGAGAAGAGUCUGUCCUAAUGGUUCAGACAUACAGAGGGUCAAGACGAAACAGUGAUCCAUUGGCUAGAGACCUGAUAAUGCAAUGAUGUAAGUAGGCAUUUCAAUAGUAAAGGCAGAAAUCUGUUGGUGUUUGGAUGAAAGCACUGCUAGAAUUAUAGAACUUACCAGUUAACUAAAUUUCACACCACAAAACUAUUUUACCAAGUUCAAGGUAGUUUAUGGCUCACUGACUGGCAUCUUUGACUCUCUAAAUAUCACUGUGUACACAUGGAUUAAAAUGAUAAAAACACAGACCAGGAAGAGAUCUAGCCGAGAGUAGGAUUCAGAGUUAAAAACAUGGUAUUGCCACUCAGCCAACUGUGGAACUCUCGACCCAUUCAAUACUACUCUCCAUUGGAUUAAAAAAGUUGGAUGACCUCCAUCUGUUAGGACCUCAGGCGAUGUGGUAAAGCAUGAAAACUGCACACAGCCAGAGAUGCAUGAAAUCUGCUACUGUAUUUUCCAGGACUCUUCGAUUCCAGUCCUUGGCUAAAAAUUCUCACAAAGUUCACCAAUCAUGAUGUGGACCUAUGACCCAUAAGUUUUCUCAAUCUACUCCGAACAGUACAGUAAACUGCCUUUGGAUGCAAGAGAUGUCGUGCUUAGAGCAGCUGGAAUUGGACUAGUGAAAAUAAAGAUAUGUAAGUAGUUAGCAGUCUCCUGGGGCUUUAACUUAGCUGGGCAGAUUGCAACUAACAUCGUAUUUAUUGAUGAAGCUCACAGUCCUUCAGUUGUACAGAUUGAAAAACUUUCUGAAAGAACAAAUAUGCUGAUGUAAAUUAUAUUUAUUAUGAUGUAUAUAGUAUGUCACACUAGUGUAUUUUACAUAACAUGUUACAUAGAUAAAAUGAAUUAUUCUAUAUUAUGCUUUUCAAAUGUCAGUAUCUUGAAAUGUCUGUCUUAAGAUUUUGAUCUAAAAUAUGAAUGUUUGGUUAAUUGUCUCUAGAAAUGUUUUUGCAUGUUUACCUUUUCACUUAGGAUUCUAUAUAUAGACACAAUUGGAUGUCAAACCAUCAUCAGCUCAACAGUAAAUACAAAAUCCCUUUGCCAGACUAAGUCUGUAUUGUCUAUAUUUUAUGUGACAUAGAAAAGUUUAUAUGGUCUUUAAAAAACAUUUGGAAUUGAGCCCCCAAAUAUGAUUGAAGCUUCCAUUUCCAAAGCAAAACCUUGUUCUAAAUUCAGAGUAGACCUUACAUUUUAGAAGUCAGGAGGAAUGGGCAUUAUAGAUACAUCAGAACUUAAGGAAAACCUAGGGAGAGAAAAAGGCAGCUGGUGCAGUCAGUUACUGUCCUCAGUUCUGCUUACAUUUUUGUGUUGUGUUUCUUCUUAAGGUGAAAUAGUGUAAUCUUACUUUGAGAUGGAGUUUCUAAGUAACACACUACCAGCAAGUUCAAGACUGCUAUUUUAAUGUUUUAGGUGUUUAGUUGGUAACUUAAAGUUCAAGUUUUAUAGUGAUAACUGUAUAUGAUUUGGCUGCUGAAUUGUUAUAAUUUUUUAUUAUGUUGUGCAUUGUAUCACACAUCAUUACAAAUUGACAUGAAGGGGAAUAUAUGUUACAUAUCAAAAUUUGUGACUUUGAAUUCUAGUAUGUUUUAGUGUUUUUGCAAAAAUGUUUAUUUUUAUAUUAUCUGUGGUUUUAAUAGAGUUGAACUAGAUUUCUUUGUGAUUAGUAGUUUCAUUGAAUGAGCAGUAUGGAAACAGUGUUACUUGACAUUUUGAGCCUUCUCAGGUUUAUCUAAAUCAAUGGUAGUUUAACAAAGUCCAGACUAAUUGUAUGUAAUUGUGUUUUUAACAAAAGGAAUGUAUAUUUCCUGUAAGUUUGCAUGCAUGAAUGUACAAUAUUUUGUGUUUGUGCAUUUGUCUAAGGCAUGCAGCCAGCUUCGUAUCUGCUAUUUAUAAUAGGAAAGCUUUGAUAUGAGCACGAUCAUCAGAAUUGUACCUACUUUAGACAAUUAAAACUGAAAAAGUCUCAAUAAAAUAUGAAAUGUGAUUGGA